UAUCAAUCUUUGGAAGACUUACACAACUCAUAACAACGAAACAAACCAACCUUCACCCUCUUGACUGUUCUUCUCAAAAUGCCCUUAGAAAGCCUAGCACCAGAACUGGUGUCUCUUAUCUUACAAAAUGUUGACUCACCUCGCGGCCUCCAUGACCUGAUUGCAGCAUCACCUGCUUGUUUGCGAGUUUUCUCACAAACGCCACAGCUGAUUCUCUCAGCUGUAACUCGGAACACACUGCCUAUUGGGACGAGUAGGCACUAUCUUGUCUGUCUGCAAGCUCCUGUACCUGCGACUAGUGAUGAGGUAUUCCUGUUCCUUGACAAAUACUUCAGUGCCUCUUCGUCAUUCGACUUUCCGACAACCAAAGCAGACCUUGUAUCGCUAUGCCAACUUUACCAUCGCGUAACAUAUCUUAUCACCCGGUUUCUGCAUCAAAUGCAACAACUUGGGUUUGACGAAUCGAUCCUUGCUCCCUCUUCAUCAGAGUCUGUUCGACUUCACAGGGCGUUUCUAAGAUAUGAAAUCUACUGCCGCGUCUUUCCACCCAAUGAGACUGAGCCAUGGGAGGAUCCUUCACCCUUCCAUCAGUUCUCCGCCGCCGAACAAUUUAAUCUCUUCUUGAGUCAACUAACGCCAUGGGAGGUAGAGGAAAUGGCCUGUGUCCAGGUGUACUUUUUCCUUCUCAUAGGCGACUACGUGGGACAACUUGAGGAGCAGCUCAUUGAAGCUGUCAAAAAGACCCCUGGGAUUGUAUGGCCAUCAUCUCCAGAAUUAGAACCAGGAGAAGAAGCCGAGAAAAAGGGAGAGGAUGACCUAGUAGAAUUUAAGGAGUUAGACCUUACCAACCUCUUAUUAUUUUCCAAAGACGGCAUAUAUAGUUCCCCGGAUAGUAUCACCUACAUGACGUCUCUGGGCCUUGGUUUCAUAUACAACCUCUCUACAUCAGAGGGCAGUCGAUCUGAGUUGAUUCGCUCAAACUCCCCUCUAUCCCGCGAGUUCCUGCCAGAAGCCCUGAGUCAUUCGCCGAUAUGGCCACAAGAGCAACAAGAUGAGGAUAUCUCAUUGGAAGAAGGAACUUUAGGUGAUGAUCCAUCACACGAGAAUCUUGGCUACAGCUUGUUCAGAAAGAAUCGAAAUGGGGGAAAGGUAUACCUACCUAUCGAUCCUAGAGGCUCUCACUCCUCAAUACUUAGACAACUUGGGUAUGUCUUCUGGGACUCUGGCAGGAUACAGUCAUUCAAAGUAUCUGAUAGGCUCAAGGCAGUGGAGAAGAUGACUUAUGAUGAGGUACACGAGCGAUUCAACAAACCGUGGCAAAAAGGGGCUGAGGCUAGGCUUCAGGGGGCAAUGCUCCCACGAGAUCAGUUUGAGAGGAUUGAAAGAGAAUUUGGAUACAUUGAAGACCCUGCAGAGUCGGAGUAGGUAGAACCAGCACCAUAUAAUAUACCAAUAGAUGCUGGGCAGUUCUUCAGCUCGUGCCCACCAAAAGCCUUUGAAAUAUCGUGAACUGAUCCUAGUCACGGACACAAUAAGUCCUAGAACUCUAAUAUAUCAUAAGAUGCUACACUGAGGCUCCUAAGCUCACUACAUCCACUG